GUAUUGUAGAUUAAUUUGGGCUGAUGCUUUAAUCAACACAGGCCACGGGUUUUGAAAAAUGUAUAACUACAAUCAAGAGAUGAAAACAGGAAAGAAAAAAUAUUAAGAUACAAAUAUACAGAUACAGUACCUUUUUACAAUCCUACAGGACUAUUACAUUUUCAGGCUUCACACAGUAAACAGAAAGUAGAGCCCAGAUUAUACUUUUAAUUUAGUUUCUAGGCAAUUUUAGAAAUCCCGCUCCUGGAUUAUAGAGACAGAUGGGACAACGAUAGGUGCUGUACUUCUGUGGUUGAUGAAGUGUUUCAGGAUCCAUAGAAAUGGAGUGUUACAGAUAAAUUUACGAUUUAAAAACUGAAUUUAAUAAAGAUGUUUUCUAUUGGCUUUCGUUUUCUAAUUAGGUAAUUUAACAUAUAGGCGGGUUUCUCUUCUGCAGUUAUGUUAUUAUUUAGUUCACAGUACUGAGCCCUGGAAGUGAAAAAUAAAAUUAAUAAGGACCGUUUUCAUCAUCAGGGAUGGCGCGUCCCCAAGUACAGCUGUGACAGAGGCCAUCUUGUGUUACGGCACACCAGAGGCUCAUGGGGGUCCUGCCCGUUGUUGUGUGUUUUCUUAGGUAGCCUCUUAAAAUGCCCGAACACUAUUUGCUCCUUUUUCCAAGAUGGCGUCGAUGAGGGAGAGCGACACCGGCCUGUGGCUCCACAACAAGCUGGGAUCGACGGACGAGCUGUGGGCGCCCUCCAGCAUCGCCUCGCUGCUCACGGUUUCUGUCAUCGACAACAUCCGACUGUGUUUCUCCAGCCUGUCGCCUCCCGUGAAGCUGAAACUGUUGCUCGGGAUGCUGCAUCUGCCGAGGCGCACAGUGGACGAGAUGAAGGACGCCCUUUCCGAAAUCAUCCAGCUGGCCACCCUGGACUCAGAGCCCUGGGUGCUGAUGGUGGCCGAUAUCCUGAAGUCCUUCCCAGAGACGGGCUCGCUGAACCUGGAUCUGGAGGAGCAGAACCCCAACGUGCAGGACAUCCUGGGAGAGCUCCGGGAGAAAGUGAGCGAAUGUGAAGCCUCUGCCAUGCUGCCCUUGGAGUGCCAGUACCUGAACAAGAACGCCCUGACCGCCCUGGUGGGGCCCCUCACCCCGCCCGUCAAACACUUCCAGCUCAAGAGGAAGCCCAAGAGCGCCACCCUCAGGGCGGAGCUGCUGCAGAAAUCCACUGAAACAGCUCAGCAACUUAAGAAGAGUGCUGGAGUGCCUUUUCAUGCCAAAGGAAGGGGCUUAGUCAAGAAAAUUGACACAACAACCCCCCUCAAAGGAAUACCAAAAGCCCCCUUCAGGAGCCCUACGAACCCCAGCAUGUUCAGCCCAGCCACCAACAGAACGCCCAUCCCCCCACCCAGGACCCCCAUGCGCAAGGAGAGGGGUGUCAAGCUGCUAGACAUCUCGGAGCUGGAUAUGGUUGGUGCUGGAAGAGAAGCCAAGAGGAGAAGAAAGACGUUAGAAGCGGAGGCUGGGGAGAAGCCUGCCAAGGAAGAAGCAGUGGUGGAAAACGUGACGCCGGACUACGCGGCGGGCCUGGUGUCCACACAGAAACUUGGUGCUUUAAGCAAUGAGAGCGCAUUACCUUCUACAAGUUACCUGCCUGCCACUCCCAGUAUGGUCCCGUCAUCUUCGUACAUUCCCAGCUCCGAAACACAGGCCAGCGCAGGUGGCUCAGCGCGGGAGACUCUGCAGGCCAGCCGGCAGUCGGAUGAGCUGGCCCCGCCCAGCACGACGCUGCCCGGCCAGUUCAAGCAGAGGACGCCCAUGUACAACAGCAGCACCAGCCCCACGGCCCCGACCUCUCCGCCCACCCCCGCCAGCACCCCGACAAUCAGCACACCGCCUGCAGCCUCGACGGCCACACAGCAGGAGCCCCAGACACAGCCCCCGCUGGCUCAGACAGCACAGCAACAGACUCCCCAGCCGCCACAACCCAAAAAGAGCCUCUCGCUCACCCGAGAACAGAUGUACGCCGCCCAGGAAAUGUUUAAGACGGCAAACAAGGUUACACGACCUGAGAAGGCCCUCAUUUUGGGGUUCAUGGCAGGAUCCAGAGAGAACCCGUGCCCCGAGCAGGGCGACAUCAUCCAGAUCAAGCUGAGCGAGCACACGGAGGUGCUGCCAAAGGCGGACGGCACAGGCAGCACCACCAUGCUGGUGGACACGGUGUUCGAGAUGAACUAUUCCACAGGCCAGUGGACCAGACUCAAGAAGUACAAACCCAUCACCAACGUGUCCUGAGGGGGGCGCCGGGGGGCCGGCGUGGAGUUUGGGAUUCCCUGCCCUGUAGGGACGCGGGAGGCAGUCGUCCUCCAGGAACUCUCCAGUUCACGGCGGGCAGACGCUGGGGAUCGGGGUUUUUUUUUUUUCAGAAUCCAGCCUUUUUUUUGGGGGUGGGGGUAGGGGGUUCCUUGUUCUUCUGCUUUUGUUUUUGAAAGCCCUCCGGUGACCUCCCUUCAGAUUGCUGAGGCGGUGCCUUCCAGUCGUUUCCCCAGCGUUGGACUGGAGACUCCCGCUGGAGCCGAGCUUUCCUGCUGGCUAGAACUGGCACCUGCCGCUUUCUGCCAUGCCAUCGGGCUCUUCGGAGCCGUCCGGCACAAAGUUUGGAUCGAACCGUGCCAAGAAGGGAAGAGCUCAGCUAUUAGGAGCCCCAGUUAAUGUACUGAUUGGCAGAAGCUGCAAGGAGCCGGUCUUGUUUUAGUUGUGCCUGAGGAGCAACGACCCAUAAUAUCUAGAGCAGGUUCUCCGACCCUGGUCCCGCAGCGCCCCAGUGCAGUCCAGGACCUCUUACAGGCAGCAAUUAAGCGAUCUCAGUAUCCUUGUUCCAGGCCUCCUGAAAUUGAUCAGUUAAAUAGGUGGUGUGUUCAGUUACGUAAUUGAGAGAUGAAACAAAGGACCAAUGUUCUCUUUAUCAAAACAUAACUUCCUUAAUUGAUCAAGUAGCUAAACAAGUGUUUCUAAUGUUUGAAGAGUGGGUGAUUUAGUGUGACCUGUAAUAAUGACAGGAUUGGGGUCUUUCUGGGACCAGGGUUCAAGACUCCUGAUCUAGAUUCGUUACCUAUCCCCAGAUCAACUGCACAGUAGUGAGAGCCAUUCUUUUAAACCCCCGCUCAAAACUACCAGGUUUUACAGUUAUUUUGUUUGGUGCCUGAGAAACGCCCUUGUAUGAAAAUCCACUUUUAUUGACUGGGACACAGGUUCAUUGUGAGAUCUCACAAUCUUGAUGAGAGGUGAAAACAGUUUAGCAUGAGAACCAUCCAAUGAAAAGGGACUGCUAUACUGUAUCAACCAAGCAAGACCACAAAAAAGAUUUUUUUUUAAUAACCGUUAACCUCUCAAUGCAUUUCUUUUUGUGUAUUUUUUCUUGUGUUACCGUGCGCGAUGGUCCAUUUUUCCGUUUGUGAAAAUCCAGGUUGCUUCAAGUGCUGUGUGCAACAUGUCAUGCUGCUGUUUUAUAAAAAACAAUAAUAAACGUCCUGAUGUCGUGCUGAAAGCAGGACCCCCCCCUUGUAUGGUUCACAGAUCUCCAACGAUGGCAUUUUGUUUGUCUUUUGUAAUACAGCAGCAUUUCGGGGAAGAAGACUUCCAGGGGUUUCUGAGUAACUCGGUGGGGCACCGCCUGUAGCGCACACACCUCUGGCUGAAGCAGCCGCCAUUUGUCAUCACCCAUUCAGUGGCACACAGCUGGCAAAGGGCCCCUGUGCAUUGAUUGGGCUUCAGGAAGCCAGAGAAUCCCUGCCCUGCUGCACCACAGCGAUCCCUGGCUCUAGUGGGGGCGUCCUUGAGCUUUCUGUGUCGUGUGCCGGGAGCGCUGUGCUCCUUCCAGAGUGCCUCUGGCACCCGGAAGGGAAUGAUGAACGGACUGACAGCCGCCAGUGUGGCCGAAAGGCGGGUUGUUCCCCGGCCAAGUCCCGGGGAUCCACAGACCUGCUGGUUUUCGUUGCACCCGUGUGUUCGGUUACACAAUGGAACUCUAAGAGAGAUCCGAUAGCUGCAUGGAGUUUUUUUACGUCCUCCGCUUGAUCUGAUUCUUUAUCGGUGGUUCAGAUUGUGGUGUAGCUAGUCGCAGGAGGAUGAGGAUAAAAAUGGGGUGGCAUGGCGACGCGAUGAUUGGCGUUGCUACUUCACAGCACUGGGGCCCGGGGUUUGGUCUUGGCCCUGGGGUGCUGUCUGUGUGGAGGUCGUAUGUGCUGUCCGAGAGAGGGGGUUUCUUCCCACGGUCCAAAAACAUACUGUUAGGUUCAUUGUUUUCUGGGAAGAUUAGGCCUGGUGUGAGUGAGUUUGACUGGCGUCCCACCCAGGAUGUACCUUGCCUUCUGCCGCUAGGAUAGCUUGCUGGGAUAGGCUCCGGCUCCCCCAUGACAUGAGAAAGAGGUUAAAAGGAUGGAUGGAUCCGAUGGUAGUUUGAGUAUGAACUCUUGGAUUGUUUUCCAUAUACAAGGUUGGCUUUUUAACUAUUUUUGUUUUAAGUUGUUUCAAAUCUCCAACCUAUGAGUAGAAGAGAAAAACGGGGAAAAAAGGUUCUAACCCAGCAACCUGUGGCUUUGAUUUAGGAUUUAAGUAAAGAGCUCAGUUCCAGUGAAAACCAGCAGGUGUGGGUGUCCCCAGCAGGAUGGACAACCCCUGCUCUGUCCUGAUCUAUUACAGGGGUUGUGGCAGCAAGACAAGUUAAGGAUUGAUGAUUCGAAGCUGCGAGAGCAUAUAAAGAAAAGUGUCAAUUUUAUAUUUGUAUGUAGAUGACCAUGCACUUUGGGUAUUCACUGAAGAGUUCACUAAGCUACUUCCCUGCAGGUUCUUAUGAAAUGUUGCAUAGGAUAGACUUAAGACCAAAAGGGAUAAAGAAUGUAAUUGAGUAAGUAUAGUACGAUAUUACACAAUUUAAAAAUCUUGCAUUAUGAAAUGCUACUGCUUCACCAGAAUAUAGAGCUCUUCAAAUGGUUAUAUUUAUGGAGGAGCAAAAUCCCUUCUGUCUCAAACUUGGUGAACGUGAAUAGUACAUGUAUAAAAUACAUUCUUGUAAACCUUUUGGGUUCCCACAACAUGAUCUCAAGAUUGACCACAAGAAAAUGAACAUUUAGUGUUUUAAGGGCUUUUUAAAAAAAGGCUGGUUUUAAGAAGCAUAGCAGUUAUUGUGUCCCACAUGGUUCUCAUUUAUGCUACGAUAGAAGCCGAAGAACUCAUUGGGCUUAACAGUGAUCUUUUUGACUUUUUGAAUGUACCAGGCUGUCCGAAAGGAGCUCUUAAUUAGAUCGAAUAAAACCUGAAUCUGGGCCUUUC